AUGGGCCCCGACGCUGGUUCCGAAUGCAGCUUCGGCCACCAGACCUCCAACUGCGGCUCCGAGGGCGACUUCGGCCGCCAGACCACCGCGUGCAGCUCCGAAGGCGGCUUCAACUCGCAGACCACCGCGUGCGGCUCCGAGGACGACUUCGGCCGCCAGACCUCCUGCGGCUCCGAGGGCGACCGCCGCCCCGCCCAUCGCAAGAGUCACAAGACGCGCAUGUGCACCUUUUACAUUUUGGGGAGGUGCCGGAAGGACGAGUGCACCUUCGCCCACGGCGCUCACGAGUUGAGCGCGCGUGCUGGCAGCAAAGGGACCCCGCCCGCCAAGCAGGCCAGGCUUGGGCCGGCCGGGGGGGGCGCGCAGCCGACUGCUGGCCUGUCGAGCGCGCCGCCGCCGCGCCUCCCGCCCGCGCCCUCGUGGCUCUCGGAGGGCACGGAGUGCGCGCCGGACAGCCCUGGCCGGCCGUCGUCCGACGACGGCGGCGCCUUCUGGGCGCCGGCGCCGGAGUCGUGCCUGGGGCUGCCUGCCUCGCGCUGGCCUGGCGCCGGCGGGGGCGAGGAGGAGUGCCAGCUGGUCGUGGUGAACACCUUCCUGACGAUCCUGGAGAGCAGGCCGGAGCAGCUUCGGCGCUCGGCAUCCACGCCGCCCGGCAGGUGA